AUGAAGAGAUUUAGACAGAAACAUGUGUGGUGUCUCAAUCCAUCUCCAGAUGUUCAGGUUCCUCCACCACAUGUUCAGUUUCCUCCUGCAGAUCAACCUCCAGAUGUUCAGGUUCCUCCUCCAGAUGUUCAGGUUCCUCCUCCAGAUGUUCAGAUUCCUCCUGUAGAUCAACCUCCCGAUGUUCAGGUUCCUCCUGUAGAUCAACCUCCAGAUGUUCAGAUUCCUCUUCCAGAUGUUCAGGUUCCUCCUGCAGAUCAACCUCCAGAUGUUCAGGUUCCUCCUCCAGAUGUUCAGAUUCCUCCUCCAGAUGUUCAGGUUCCUCCUCCAGAUGUUCAGAUUCCUCCUGUAGAUCAACCUCCCGAUGUUCAGGUUCCUCCUGUAGAUCAACCUCCAGAUGUUCAGGUUCCUCCUCCAGAUGUUCAGGUUCCUCCUCCAGAUGUUCAGAUUCCUCCUGUAGAUCAACCUCCAGAUGUUCAGAUUCCUCCUCCAGAUGUUCAGGUUCCUCCUGUAGAUCAACCUCCCGAUGUUCAGGUUCCUCCUGUAGAUCAACCUCCAGAUGUUCAGAUUCCUCUUCCAGAUGUUCAGGUUCCUCCUGCAGAUCAACCUCCAGAUGUUCAGGUUCCUCCUCCAGAUGUUCAGAUUCCUCCUCCAGAUGUUCAGGUUCCUCCUCCAGAUGUUCAGAUUCCUCCUGUAGAUCAACCUCCCGAUGUUCAGGUUCCUCCUGUAGAUCAACCUCCAGAUGUUCAGGUUCCUCCUCCAGAUGUUCAGGUUCCUCCUCCAGAUGUUCAGAUUCCUCCUGUAGAUCAACCUCCAGAUGUUCAGAUUCCUCCUCCAGAUGUUCAGGUUCCUCCUGCAGAUCAACCUCCAGAUGUUCAGGUUCCUCCUCCAGAUGUUCAGAUUCCUCCUCCAGAUGUUCAGGUUCCUCCUCCAGAUGUUCAGGUUCCUCCUCCAGAUGUUCAGAUUCCUCCUGUAGAUCAACCUCCCGAUGUUCAGGUUCCUCCUGUAGAUCAACCUCCAGAUGUUCAGGUUCCUCCUCCAGAUGUUCAGGUUCCUCCUCCAGAUGUUCAGAUUCCUCCUGUAGAUCAACCUCCCGAUGUUCAGGUUCCUCCUGUAGAUCAACCUCCAGAUGUUCAGAUUCCUCUUCCAGAUGUUCAGGUUCCUCCUGCAGAUCAACCUCCAGAUGUUCAGGUUCCUCCUCCAGAUGUUCAGAUUCCUCCUCCAGAUGUUCAGGUUCCUCCUGCAGAUCAACCUCCAGAUGUUCAGGAGCUUCUCAGGCUCCGCCCUCCUUCAGCUAACUGCUCCUGAUUGGACGAGACCAACAGAUUCCACUGCUGCUCAGACAUCAGGAGAUCCACCUUCAUGUUGGAGGGUUAAUGAAGAACAUCAAGAGAUCCUCCUUCAUGUUGGGGGAGUUACUGAAGAACAUCAGGAGAUCCACCUUCAUGUUGGAGGACAAACAAACUGAACCUACAAACCAAAGUGACUGAACAGGAAGUGAACGUUUAUUCAGCUAAAUGAUGAGGUGAGCAGCUCAAGUGGUUUGUUUUCUUUAAUUCUUUACAAAUGUUCUCAGACACAUCUGAAGGCCACACAAGGAACACUUGGAAACAGCAGAAGCUCUGCAGGAAACAUGAAUCCUGCAACAAUAAAUAAUUUCAGAUGCACAAACCAGCUUUAAUUUGUAAAACCAAAUCGACUUUCCCUCCGUUUGAGACUCUGAGCCCCAAAAACCUCAGAGGAGCGUCGAGACGUCGCAGAUCCAGAUUCACCGAGAAGAUACAAGCUGCUGCCGUAUAACACGGAUUCACAGGAGAACCAGUGGAAAUAGUGGAACCAGCUAGAACCAGUUGGAAACAGUGGAACCAGCUAGAACCGUUGGAACCAGUUGGAACCAGCUGGAACCAAGUGGAAUCAGUCAGAACCAGUGGAACCAGCUGGAACCAGUUAUGACAAACUGGAACCACCUGGAACCAGUUAGAACCACAUGAUGCCAGUUAGGACAAGCUGGAACUAGUUAUAACCAGCUGGAACCAGUUCUAGUGACCAAAUACCAGGAGGACUGAAGGACACACAGAGAUAGUGAGUUUUACAGUGAGUGUGUUGUACUCUGUUUUUUUUUUUUGUGUGUGUGUGUGUGUGUGUGUGUGUGUGUGUGUGUGUGUGUGUGUAUAUAAGGGUGUGUUGGUGGUGAACAGUCUAUGGAUGCAGGUUCUGAAGAUGACCACGGUUCUGCUGAGGACGUUCUACUUCUUCUCCUCCAGAGUCUUGUGCAGCUCGUCGGCAUCCUCGCUGGUCUUGACCCGGAUGAGCAGAGGAACCGGGCUGCUGGGGUUCUUGUCGUCCACCGGAGGGUUUGGAACACAGAC